AUGCUGGUUUCUAUUCUACUCGCUUUGGCAGGGAUUGUAUCCCUCAGCACAGCUGGAUAUGUGCUCGAAGAUGACUAUAGCGUGGAUAAAUUCUUUUCCAUGUUUGACUUCUUCACGGCUGCCGACCCUACGAACGGCUAUGUGAAGUAUGUGGAUCAAAAUACCGCGCAGAAUGGCGGCCUCAUCAGCACCAACAACGGCGCCGUAUACAUGGGAGUCGACCACACAAAUAUCGCCACCGGUUCGGGUCGGCAGAGUGUCCGCCUAACGAGUAAAAAAUCUUACACCCACGGCCUCAUAAUUCUCGAUCUCUCACACAUGCCCGGAGGAAUUUGCGGAACAUGGCCUGCUUUCUGGACAGUCGGUCCGAACUGGCCAAACUCAGGAGAGAUCGAUAUCAUUGAAGGAGUGAAUUCGCAGGUUUCAAACUCCAUGGCUCUUCAUACCAGCGCCGGAUGCAGUAUCGCGAAUAACGGACUGUUCUCGGGCUCGAUAACCACACCGAACUGCUUCGUCAAUGCCCCCGACCAAUCGACCAACGCAGGUUGUCAAAUCGUCACUCCGAACGAGGCCAGCUACGGCACAGGUUUUAAUCAGGGACAGGGCGGCGCAUACGCGACCGAAUGGACUAGCGAGGCCAUCAGCAUUUGGUUCUUCCCACGCUCUGCAAUUCCCUCUGAUAUCUCGUCCGGCAAUCCAGACCCUUCAAAUUGGGGAAGUCCAACCGCUUCCUUCUCCGGAGGCUGCGAGAUCGAUCAAUAUUUCAACAACCACCAGAUCGUUUUCGACACGACUUUCUGUGGCGACUGGGCGGGUAAUGUGUGGAACACUGAUUCCACAUGCUCCUCGAAGGCCGCAACAUGUCAGAGCUUUGUGCAGAACAACCCCUCUGCCUUUGCUGAUGCUUAUUGGACUGUCAAUUUUUUGAAAGUGUACCAGAGCACCGACAGCGGAAGUGGUACCUAUUCCGUCGCUUCGCAGGGUCCUACCUCGUCUGUAUCACAAGGAAUUCCUCCUCCGUCAACGCCCGCAGCGAGUCACAUCCGCACGACAGGAUUCAGUCGCGAAGGCAAUGGCCGACAAACCAAGUCAUGGGGCGCAGCAGCGAACUUCGUCGCUUUGCCCAGUGACUCCUCCGUGGCCGCGAGCGCAACUGAUUCGCCUGCUGCUGCCAUGGCUGUUGAGUCCGACGGCUCGGUAACGGAGGCAGUACCAUCCAUCCCCUCCGCCUCCGCCUCGCCUCCUGAUAUCACCCCUGCGGCCGCUGCCGAUGAGCCUGUGGAAUCGACAAAUGCAGACCCGAAUUUCAAAUAUGUGACAGUCAGCGCACUUAGCUUUGACGACUUUCCCAAGAAAAAACGCGAGCUUGCACUGGAUGAGGCAAUCCAUCUUCCCACUCACCGACACGCGCAUGUACAUCGGCAUUUAUUCAAGCAUGGCGUCGGUAUGAAGAAGGAAUGA